AUGUGCCUUGAAGCUUGCAAGAAAAGUUUCCAAGUUUGUAGACCAAUAAUAGGAAUAGAUGGAUGUUUUCUCAAGGGCAACUAUGGUGGGCAGAUUCUUGCAGCAGUUGGGAGAGACCCCAAUGAUCAAAUGUUGCCCAUUGCAAUGGCUGUAGUUGAAUCUGAGACAAAAGAUUCUUGGGCAUGGUUUUUUGACCUGCUAGUUAGAGACUUGGGAGGACUAGAAAUAUGUAAGAAAUUCACUUUCAUUUCAGAUCAGCAGAAGGGACUGUUACCUGCAAUAGAGGAGUUAUUGCCUGGAGUUGACCAGAGAUUCUGUGUUAGACAUCUAUAUAGCAACUUUAGAAAAAGGUUUCCAGGCAAGCAAUUGAAGGAAUUAAUGUGGAGGGCAGUAAAGGCAACCUAUCCCCAAGCAUGGGAAAGGGAAAUGAGGGAGAUGAGAAAGGUUAAUGAGGAAGCAUACAAGCAUUUGUUGAAGAUUCCUCCUAGAUUUUGGAGUAAAUCACAAUUCAAAUAUACAACAAAAAGUGAUGUGUUGGUUAACAAUAUGUCUGAAACUUUUAAUAGUGUUAUUAUUGGACCAAGACAAAAACCAAUUGUAACAAUGAUGGAGGAGAUCAGAGGGUACCUCAUGGAUAGAUGGGCAACUAAUAGAGCCAAGAUUGAAGAGUAUGGUGAGUCUGUACUACCAAGAAUUAAGAAAGUUCUAGAAAGAAGGCAGGAAUUCUCAAGGUUUUUUAAAGCAAGGUUAUCAGGCAACAUGAUUUAUGAAGUGAGGCAUACUAGUGUGACUGGGGAAAAAUUCACAGUUGGCCUCAAUAAGUUUGAGUGCUCUUGUAGGAGUUGGAUGCUGACUGGGAUACCAUGCCACCAUGCAUUGUCUUGUAUCCUCAAUAGAUUUGAAGAUCCUACUGAGUACAUUCCUUCCUGGUUUAGGAAGGAGACAUACCAAGCUUGCUAUGCACCUCUGAUAUAUCCAACAAAUGGGGAGAACUUAAGGGCACCUGGGAGGCCAAAAAAGAGAAGAAAUAGAGAUGCUGAUGAAAAGAGGAAGGAUAGUACUACUGUUUCCAGAAAGGGCUUGCCAAAUAAAUGCUCAGCAUGUGGUCUAUCUGGACAUAAUAAAUCAUCAUGUCCAUCUGCACCAAGACAGUCCAACGAUGCAACCACUGCACAAUCUCAAAGUACCACCAUUGUCCCCACCCAAACUCCCACAACUGUCCAAUCUCAAACACCCACAACUGCCCAAUCUCAAAGUACCACCACUGUCCCCACCCAAACUCCCACAACUGCCCAGUCUCAACCUACAAAUAGAGUUCAAAAAAGGCAGUCUCAAAAUGUUACCAUCCAAAGCCAACCAACAAGUAGAGUUCAAACAAGGCAAUCAGCUGUGACCCAAAAACAAGGAGUUCAAACACGCCAUUCAAUCACAGUUGCUCAACUACUUGCCAUGAGGAGGGCUAGACAAGGACAAGGACCAACAGCGGCAUUUCAGCCACCAACAAGUCAGAGACCCAAGAUGCCUUAUAAAAGAAAAUCCAAAUAG